CUCUACGGGUUUCGUAUGAGAGACAGAGACCGGGAGAGAGAGAGAGAGAGCGAGAAACACACACAUAGAGGAAGAGAGCAUUUUGCUGCAGACCUCAGCUGUGCGUUGUGUGAGGUGCAGUGCUGCUGCUGCUGCCCCAUUGAGUCCGAAGCCCUGUAGUGCGCGCGUGCCGUGUAGGGUUAGUCGUGCACUGCAGACUGGUCAAAGCAAACUACCACAUGUUGGAAAGCCCUCGGUGUCUCGAAAUGUGUGCCACCACGUUAGUCUUGGGGCUGAGCUACUAGAGGCGCGUGGUUCCGCUCCGUUGCGGGGUGCGAACUCCGUGUAUUUACCCAUUUCGCCGAAGCGUAUUCUGGGAGCUGUUGGUGGGUGGUUGGGUGUGAUGGUGAUCAUUCGUUGAUUGUAGACCUAGCUUGGUCGUUCGAGAGCGCGACUUCGGGAAGAAAGCCGUUGAGAGCGCUGUAAGAUAGAGUUCGGUAGAAGGGAUUAUUGAUUGAUGGGAGAGCGAAAGUGACGAGGGGAAGGGAAAGGACUGGAGAGAUUGUGUUCAUCAGAAGUGAGGGCGAUUGAUGCGUGUGCUGGAUCGGUGUGGCCUGUUGGUGUUUGGAGGCAGAGUAGGGUACGGAUUUGAUGGUUUGGGACCCGUCUCGUCGCUCUAUUGAUCGGUAGCGUGGUUCUGGAGAUCUUGAGCGAAGUUUUAAUCAGACUGUGGCUUGAGAGUUGCGGAAGGGAUUUGUAUUUCUCAUUAUCUGAUCGAUUGUGGUGGAACUUGUAGUCUUCGAGAUUAGCACCAGUUGGCUACGCGAAAUUUGAAGGGACCGUCAAAAAUCGAACUCGGUCCAGGGGAAGGCUAAACUAUUGAUUUAGAGGAAUUCGUCGUGGUGGUGUGAUCAAGAAAGGGCAGCUGGUAGUAGAUAGUUGGCGCUUUCACCAGUUUGAGUAAAGUGGUGCCUCGUGGCAUGCGCAAUUAGAUAUCUGUUGUACAUUUUUAGAUGGAGAGCGCUAGUGUUGCCCGCUCGAUGGUUGACCCGAUUUCCCCCUGGAAGAACGUGAUUUCUUUCAUAAAUGUGAAACGACUCCGGGUAGUCCUCGCUUCUAACUAAAUCUCCUAUCCCGCGAACUUGCUCUUUGCCGUCGCAAAUAGUGUUAAUUUCUAACGUGAAGACCGAGUGACUUCCAAGUGUGCCGCGAACAGAGUGAAACAGAGCAUCGGUGCAUCAGUGAUACUGUCAUUACAGCAUCAUCAAUCAUUAGAAGUACAAGAGGUUCGUCGCAGAGUGCUCUUGAGAAAUUACUGUACUCCCACACACGGGAUUAUCGGCUCAGUAACGGUUAUGGGAAAUUUGAGGUGGCCAUAUUUUGAUCCCGAUUACGAGACAACCUUCUCCAGCUUCAACCCUCCCAAGGUGACAGUCGAAACUGAGGCUAAUGAGAAUGCCACUGUCGUGAAAGUGUACAGUGCCAACAGGCAUGGCAUACUGCUGAAUGUUGUACAAGUGCUUACUGACCUUGAUCUGACAAUUACUAAGUCCGACAUCUUUCACGACCUCGGAUGGUUUAUGGAUGUAUUCCACGUUGUCGAUUCCAAUGGAAACAAAACCUUGGACAAGCGUACCUGCGACCAUAUACUCAAGUCACUUGGGUACAGGACUAGGAGAGAGAAAUCAUCGGCAGAUCAUCUGCGUCGUUCGACAGGCCUGACCUGCUCCGAGCACACAGUUAUUGAACUAACAGGGCCUGAUAGACCUGGUCUUCUGUCUGAAAUAUCUGCGGUUCUUACAAGGUUAGAGUGCAACGUGAACGGUGCGGAGGUAUGGACUCACAAUCAACGGGUGGCCUCCAUCAUUUACUUCAACGAUAUUAACACAGGUCGCCCCAUCACGGCUCAGUCGAAGCUUGACCACAUCAGGGGGCAGUUAUCCAAGGUCAUGAAAGGUGAUCAUGAUGAAGAAGUGGCAAGAUGUAAGAUAGAAUAUGCGACCGAGAUAACCCAUGUAGAGAGACGGCUUCAUCAGCUGAUGUAUGACGAUAGAGUGAAUGAAGUGCCACAUGUUUCUGGAAACCCCCAGCAGAGGCCGGUGAUCCAAAUCAAGAGAAACGAGCGUGGGUAUUCAGUCGUCAGCAUUCAAUGCAAGGACCGAUCGAAGCUCUUGUUUGAUAUCGUCUGCACACUGACCGACAUGCAGUAUGUGAUAUACCACGCUUUGAUCAACUCGCCAGGCCCUGAAACGUCCCAGGAGUUUUUCAUUCGUCAUGUGAACGGUUGUACGCUCGACACCGCAGACGCGGAGCACCUGAAAGUCUGUCUUGAGGCCGCCAUCAACCGCAGGACCAGUGAGGGUUUGAGGUUGGAGCUCUGCAUGAGCGACCGAAUAGGUCUCCUGUCAGACGUUACUAGAUUGUUCCGCGAAAACGGACUUUCAGUUGCCCGUGCGGACAUCACCACACGAGACGACAAGGCUGUGAAUGUAUUUUAUGUGGUUGAUGCGUCUGGCUCCCCUGUGAAUAUGAAUGUUGUAGAAACUAUGCGGAAGUCGUUGGGUCACUCAAUCUUGGAAGUAAAGGGGCUUCCUCGACCAGAACCUGAGCUUCCAAGCUCUAAGCUUUCUCUUGGUGGUCUGUUCCGCAAUUUCUAUGGGCUCACCAAUAUGACCUGGCGGUCGACAGCAACGGUUUGAAUAUUCUAUCGACAACCAAUGAACUUAGUAGUGGGCUGGUCAUUUACCACAUAACAAGUAACAAGAGGUCAAAUGCACCAGCAACUUCUGGUCAUUUAGCUUUUGCAGGCUGCUUCAACUGCUGAAGUUACUCAUCGUUUUCCCGGCUCAUCUAAUUCCAAACCCAUCCAUUAUCCUUAAGAGUUAGAGGAGUUUCUGUACAGAAACACCAGGGGCAGCUAUUAGAACACGAGAGAUUCCUCCAAAGAUAUGAAUGUACAUAAAUUCUAUUUGAGACGUAGUGUUUGGAAGGGUCUGCGCAUUAGAAAAUUAUUCUCUUUGUGUAUACUGGACAUUGGGUCCUCUCAGUUCAUUUUACGCAAGCCUCUUUAUGAUGCCUUAACAUUUGUUUCCACCUC